AUUCCUUCUAGCUUUAAUCUUGAGCGUGUUUCUGUUUAUUGGACCAAGCAUUGCUAAAAGUGCCAAACAUCCACAAUCAAUUCAAAACGCAGCAGAUGAGUUACCUGCAGUAGCAGAGACCAGCAAUGACGAGGAACCACAUUUUGAAAUUGAAGAGGAAGAACUGAGAAGAGCAGUGCUCCAAGGUGUCGAAGAUGACGUUAUUUGGAGACAUUAUAAAGAACUUGCCGAAAUAGGAUUUGCGAUUCCAGCAUCUAGAAUGGAAGAAAUCGAAAGACAAGCCAUUUUGGACAGAGAGAAUGGCGUUGUCGCAGACGGCGAAUUUCAUAGACCAGUCAACCGAAUUUCUGAAUACGCGGAGGAAAGACAUCGUAUAUUAGAAAACGAACGCAACGUACCUUCAGCUGUCUCCAGAAACAGGGAAGAUGAAGACCCAGCCGAUUUACAAGUUUCGUAUCAAAAAGACAUUCCACCGCAAGAGGGCGGUUCAAGAAAGACGAGAGCUAAGCGGAAUGCAGAGGAAGGGUCGAUUAAUUCAAUCAAUGCUGCAUGUGACGAGAUCAUCGACCAGGAUUUAUACGAACUGAAGAGUCCAAACUAUCCCAAUGUAUACGACCCGAACCUGUUAUGUACGUACAGCAUAAACGUACCAGUCGACAAGACUUUGGAACUGGAAUUCACCGACUUCAGUGUCGAGUACUGUGGGGAUGGCUGCACCUGUGACUCGCUGUCAAUAAAAGGGAUACCCCACUGUGGUGACACACUACCGGGAAAUAACGGAUUAGUGAACUACGCUACCGAUGGGAUACACGAGCUGAUAUUCCAAACAGAUGGCAACACACAACAGCGUGGAUUCUCUGUUACCAUCAGACGAAUCCCGGUUGUCAUCACGCCCCAACCACAUCUAUGUGACUUUGAGUUAGACGGUUGUGGAUAUCAACAAGGUAUAAAUGAUAAUCAGGACUGGACUCGUAAAAGUGGACCAACAGAUAGUACAGAUACAGGUCCAAGUGUUGACCAUACAACAGGAACAGCACAAGGGUAUUACAUAUACGUCGAAGGAUCAAUCGGGCUAACAGGUUAUACAGCCCAGAUAGCUAGCCCAGUCUAUGAAGCAAGUCCCACCGCAAACUGCUUACGUUUCUGGUACCACAUGUACGGCGCAAGCAUGGGUACGCUAAGUGUUUACAUCAACGACGACGACAACGUUCCCUUGUCUCAGGUCUUCACUGCUACUGGUGACCAUGGCGAUGUAUGGCUGGAAGCAGAGGUGGAUUUUCAGGUCGACGGGAGAUAUUCCGUUAUAUUUGAAAAUACACGAGGAGGUGGAUAUCAAUCCGAUUUGGCGAUAGAUGACAUACAAUUAUCCAGAGAAGCCUGCAAUCUAGGUCCACCGGUCAUCGAUUGCGAUGGAGAUUUUAUCUGGGACUUCGGCGUGAUAACAUCCCCAGCAUAUCCCGCACUGUAUCCCGAGAACUCUGACUGCAGCUACCGAAUUCACAUUCCAGAGGGCUACUAUGCUGAAAUUUGGUACCGUGACGUGGCGAUCGAACUAUGCGCCGCAAGCUGCCCAUGCGACCGAUUAAUAAUGAAUAGUAACGCAUUAUGUGGAACUACCGCCAAUUUGACAGAUUAUCUAGCUCCUGAUGCGAAUGGUAUACAUGAAAUCACGUUUCAAUCCGAUUGGUCAGUGGAAUUCGGCGGAUUUUAUGCGGAGAUUACAAUCUUACCAGGACGUCCAACCCAUCAAAUUCCUAUGAGUUGCGACUUUGAGUCUAUGAAUGUGUGUGGUUUCGUCCAGGAUGACGACGAUGUGUUCGAUUGGACGAGGAACAUGGGACGAACACCAAGUUCAGCUACGGGCCCCCAAGUGGAUCACACGUAUGGAGAUACAUCCCACGCCUAUAUGUACAUAGAAGCAUCUAGUCCACGACUAUUUGGAGAUCGAGCCCGAUUAUUGACGCCAACAUAUGAUCCAACUUUUUCGACACUCUGUGUUGGAUUUUGGUAUCACAUGUAUGGUUACGACAUCAACGCGUUGUCAGUGAAACUGCUUGAGUUCCCCUCCCCUCCUAACGAUACCAGCAUCACCAGUUUGCUUUGGGUUCAAGUCGGUGAAGUAGGCAAUUCAUGGGUGUAUCAUGAGGUGUCUUUCUAUGCUGGUGAAUACUUCCAGAUCGCGUUCGAUGGUGUGGUCGGAACAAGCUACGAUGGCGAUAUUGCCAUUGAUGAUAUCGCCAUCACCGAAGGCAGAUGUCCAUCAAGCCCAACCGUGACGCCCUCACCGGGACCAGUCACCCCGGUUCCUGAAUGUAACAGAUACCUCACCGAUGAAACCGAUCAAAUCAGCACCCCCAACUUCCCAGACCCCUACGACAACAAUGAGUACUGUAACUGGACAAUUAUUAUACAUCCAUCUAAAUACGGUGCUAUUUAUUUUGACUUUUUUGAUUUGGAGUAUAGCGGUGCCGCGUGCCUUUUUGAUGCUCUUAUUGUAGACGGAAACCGAUUCUGUGGGUCCACGGCGCCCGGAUUUAACGGAACAACAACAACCUUGCCAUUCGAUUGCCACUUCGAGGCCGACGAAUCCUGUAAUAUGGUCCAAGCUAUUCGUGAUGACUUUGAUUGGAGUAGGAACUCUGGAAUGACAAGUAGUGCUGCGACUGGUCCAUCCGGUGACCAUACCCUGGGUACUGGCUAUUACGUGUACAUAGAGGCGUCCAAUCCCCGAGUUGCGGGUGACGAGGCUCUUGUACUCACCCCACCAUUCCACAGACUUCCGGUAGCCUGUCUGGAGUUCUGGUACCACAUGUAUGGAGCCGAUAUGGGCACAUUGGAAGUAUCCCUACUUUACGAGAACUCGUCUACUAUUAGUGCCCCCUUGUUCAGUGUCACUGGCGAUCAGGGCGAUACGUGGUUGAAGGCCUCGGUAGAUAUUGUAAGCAACGAGUUUUGGCGCGUUGUAUUCAAAGGAAUUCGAGGAAGUGGAUUUGAAAGUGACCUCGCAAUCGAUGACAUUAGUAUCAAAGAUGAGUCCUGCACUCCUCAAACCAUCACCUGUCGACCGGAUCAAUAUCAAUGUCAAGAUGGCGCCUGCAUUCCUAGUUACUACUUGUGUGACCAAAUAGUGGACUGUUCCAAUCUUGAAGAUGAACUAAAUUGUUCCUAUGCGACGUGUGCCCCUGGUGAGUUUCAGUGUGCUACUGGAGCAUGUAUCAACGACCGAUGGUAUUGUGAUGGGGUGUCGGACUGCAAAGACAACUCGGACGAGGUCAAUUGUCCUCAACCUACACCGAAACCCUGAUUGUCUAAGGAUGACAACCAACAAUUACAGAUCAUUGUUAGCUGCCAAUCAACUGAAGAAUAUCCGUUUCAAUGAAAAUAAUAUAUAUAUAUAUAGAAUAUUUUAAUAUGCAAUUUCUAAUCAUUCAAGAUUUUUUCAAGUUGUGAAAUAAUUAAUAAAUAAAGUCAAGG